AUGGACGUGAACAAGAAACGCGUGGCCAUCGUCGGAGCCGGCCCGAGCGGGCUGACGGCAUGCAAGCACGUGCUGGCCAAAGGCUUCCGGCCGGUUGUCUUCGAGGCCGCCGACGCCGUCGGCGGCGUGUGGACGCGGACGCUGGCCUCCACGAGGCUGCAGACGCCGGCGGCCGCGUUCCUGUUCUCCGACUUCCCCUGGCCAGCGGACGUCGAGGACGAUGAGUUCCCGCGCAACGACCAGGUGGCGGCGUACAUGGCCGCGUACGCGCGGCAGUUUGGCGUCCUCGAGUGCGUCAGGUUCGGCAGCAGGGUGCUCGGCGCCGAGUACGCCGGCGCGUCGGAACAGGAGGUGGCGGCGUGGGAGCGGUGGUCGGGGAACGGCGAGGCGUUCGGCGACGGCACCGGCGAGUGGCACCUCACCGUGAAGCACGGCGAAUGUGAGGAGGCUCAGACGUACAAGUUCGAUUUCCUGAUCCUCUGCGUAGGGAGGUACGCCGUCGCGAAGCACCCUAAGUUUCCCCACGAAGCAGGCCCUGAAGUGUUCCACGGGCAAGUGCUCCACUCCAUGGACUUCUCGCGCAUGCCGCACGCCGAUGCCGAUGAGCUGACUAGAGGCAAGCGUGUCGUCGUUGUCGGCUCCGGCAAGUCAGGAAUCGAUAUCGUCGCGCAGUGCGCUGAAGCCAACGGUAGCAAGUACCCAUGUACCUUGGUUUACAGAACUGCCAAUUGGACGAUGGAUCCCAACCUUAAAUGGGGUGCUUUUUUCGAGAAGAUGAUGACAAGCCGGUUGGCAGAGCUGAUGGUUCACAAGCCCGGAGAAGGGUUCGUCCUGAGCCUUCUCGCCACGGUGCUCACUCCCAUGAGAUGGCUAAUAGCCAGGGCGACCGAGACGUACUACAAGGCUCUCAUGCCGAUGCGGAAGCACGGGAUGGUGCCCGACCACAGCUUCUCGGCGGCGAUGCUGGGCUGGCGGAUCAGCGUGCUCCCGGAUAGGUUCUACGAUGCGGUCGACGAGGGCGGCAUCGUGCUCAAGAGGUGCGACUCCUUCAGCUUCUGCGCCGGCGGCGUGGUUCUCGACGGCACGGGCGAGCGCGUCGAUGCCGACGUGGUCAUCCUCGCCACCGGCUUCGACGCCGACCGGCUGCUGAGCGGCGUGUUUGCGUCGCCCUGGUUCCGCGAGAUCAUCGUGGCGGAGCCUUCCGACACCAUGCUUCCUCUCUACAGGCACUGCGUGCACCCCCGGAUACCGCAGAUGGCGGUGGUCGGGUACGCGGAGAGCGCGGCGAGCAUCUACCCCUACGAGAUGAUGGCCAAGUGGGUGGCGCACCUGCUCGACGGCACGGUGCACCUCCCCAGCGUCGCGGCCAUGGAGCGGAGCGUGGCGGAGUGGGAGUCGUGGGGGCAAUGGGCCAAGCGGCGCAGUGGCGGCUUCUUCCUCAAAUCCUGCAUCGCCACCGCCACGACGUGGUACCAUGAUCAGCUGUGCCGGGACAUGGGGUACAGCCCCAGGAGGAAGCGAGGUGAAGGGUUUCUCGCCGACUGGCUCCAGCCGUACGGACCCACGGACUACGCUGGCAUCCAGUGAAGAAGAUCAGUGCGCUUUCACUGUCUAGCGCAAUAAAAUAUGGAGAUCAUCUUCAUCUUUAUUGAUUGAUGUCGUGUAUUAUGUACUUUGAUGUGAUAACGUGGCAA